AGCUGUAGGACGAGGAGGAAAGUAGGGCAGCUUGUUUUGGAACUUGUGCUGAAGAACAAAUAAAAACCCCCAAUGUACACAUUCGGUUACCAUAUGUCGCGCUUAUCAUAAAAGGCAUCUCAGUGUUAUUUCUUUGCAGGGAUGCUUGAACUCCACGGAGGCAGACUUUCCCGAUGAGGAAAGCGCAUGCCAGAGGUGCUGGGGUUGCCGUUGGUGAGAGGAGCUUUCCUGGCUGUCGAGGCAGCUCAGGCGGGCGGCGAGCGCUCUCCUUCCCGUGCUUGCCUGUUUGAUUGACGUUGGCUUCCAAAUCGCUGCGACUGUGCCUGAAGAAAACCGAAGGAGCAUAAUUUUGCUGAGAGAAUUUUCCUGGCAGGGGAAGGCAUGCAGUGCAGAGAAACGUGCCAGCGAAGAGCCUGGAAGUGCAAGUCCAGGUGCUAACGCAACUUCCACCCAAGCCAUGCUGUUGUGAAGUCCUUUUUCUCCAGCCCCAUCUUGCUCAGCACACCGGUGCAGGCUGCACGGGGGGCUGCCCAUGGCAUUGCAGUGCUCCGGGCUGGAUUAGUUCCUGGUGUGUCAUUGCUUCAGCUGUCUGAAGAACUGAAGAAGAGUGCAGGGAAGAUGCUGGACUUGAGCUUCCUGACCGAGGAGGAGUAUGAGAAGCUGAUGAAGGUUCUGCAGAGAGAUGCAGAGCUGAAGAAGAAGGAUGGGGAUCGCAUCAGGCGGAUACAAGGCUCCAUCAAGGAUGAAAAGAAGAAGAAGUUUGUGACAGGUGAAUGGUUUUCAGAAGUGAAGGCAAAACGGUUUCAGGAAGACUUAGAGGGGCCAGAUCUACUUCGGGCAUCAAUUAGAAGGAAAAAAGGUAAACUAGAAAAUGAGGCCACCGAGCACAUCUGGACGGGUCUGGAAAGCAAAGCUGUCCUGAGCCCUGCCUUCCCCGAGCACGCUGCUGGCGCAGGCGAGGAGAGAUUCAGCAUACCUGCUCAUGAUACUGCAGAGGAGCGUAAAAUUUUGCCAAAACCAAAGCCAAGACUUCCUGUCCCGCUGCCUGCAUCACAUAAGAGAUCCAGUAUACAUGAUGUCUCCUCCUCAGAGAGUGACACAGGAACAAGUCCAUUUGUGGCUGCACCAAACAGCCUGCAUUUAUCUAAAAAAGGUCAUGGAGUAUCUCCAUUGCACACCAAGCUUUCAGAGGAUUCUGUGCCUCAGCCCAGCGGUGCAGCUGGAGCAGAAGCUGUUGAUGGGGCCGCUGGCACCACAAUGGGGCCAAAAACUCCACCCGAAGAAACUUAUACUCCCAGCAAGAUACCAGUUAAGAGGAAACCAAGCAGAACUUUCCCCAGAUCCGAGCAGUUUGGGAACCACGUGGGGCUGGCAGAGAGCAGCCUUGCAAAGAGAGAGCUGCUGGCAAGCCCCAGACCACUGACUCCAGAGGGGGAGAGCAGCCAGGCUGUGAAGCAAGGAGUGAACUAUACAAUCUCAUCGAUGAGUAACAAAGAGGAGGAUAUCGGUCUCGAUCGUGAACACUUCAAGAACUUGAAGAACUUCUGGGAGAAGGGGGCAGACUCUGUGAAGGUGGGAAACACGUCGGAGGACCCGAACUCUGUGGAAGCAGAUGGUAGGCAGUUCAAGCUGUGCCGCUCGCUCUCCGUGCAGUCUGGGCAAGGCCAGGACAGCGAAGAAAAGCCUGACACCUUCAUCAAAACAAGAACCCCCUACAAAAGGACAAUAACCUUGUCUUCUGGUGAAGAAGAACCAAGCUAUGUAGCCCCUGCAAGGAAGGGCUCAGUUUCCAUCGUUCCUAGGUCCACAUAUGCCAAGAGCAAAGGUGGCCUGGUUACAAGAAGUGACUCGCUGAGUGAAAGCAAUGGGAAGCCACCGAUGCCAGAAGAAGAGAAGAUGGCACAGCACUGCGCCAAGAAAUCCAGAUUGCCUGUGCGUGCGCCUUCCGUCAAAAUCAAGUCGCCUACCAAAGAAGUGUCUGGCAGCACGUUGGAGCCAGAGACGCCCACGGACGAGUUGAUGGUGGCAGAAGAGCGCAAGCACGCACCGAAAUCCCUGGCGAGCAGGGUGCAGAUACUCAUCGAGCCUGUGCUUACAGAUGGUGAAAGCGAUGAUGAGAAAGAGGAAAAAUCUGAUUUGGGCACUCAUGACAACAUGGAAAUAAAUGGAGAGCUACCUGAGGAAAAAAUGUGUGAGUCGUCAGACAAGGCAACAGCCGGUGAAGCAGCCGCAGAGAGAGAAGCUGUUCAGGGAACAGACUCGGCUGUUUACUCAGAGGAAGAUGGGGAUCAUUCUCCUGCUGCUCAGGCACUGGCCCGAGCAAAUAGCAUUAAUCUUGCAAAGAGCAUGGUGAACAUUUACACAACAACAGAGACAUACAAUAAACCUCAUUUGAUACCUCAUCAGUUUCUUGAACCUGAAAGAGUCAAAGACCUGAGCAGAUCCUCUCCUCUCCUGUUGUCUGAGACUGAAUCAGACACGGCUUCAGAAAUCAGCUUCCAGUUUAACAAGCACAAAAAGACGCCUAGCAUUGGCAGCCACUCGUCCGACAUGGCAUCUGUCUCUUCGGUGAGUGGCAGCGUGCUCAGUGUCUACAGUGGCGAUUUUGGGAGUGUGGAUGCCCAAGGUACCGUGGAGUUUGCUCUAGACUAUGAUGAGAAGAACCGAGAGUUCCAGGUUCAUGUGUCCCAGUGCAGGGACUUGGCUGUUGUGGAUGAGAAGAAAGGCAGAUCUGACCCGUAUGUUAAAACUUACCUGCUCCCAGACAAAGCUAGAAUGGGAAAGAGGAAGACUUCAGUGAAGAAGAGGACAGUGAAUCCCAUUUACAAUGAGGUGUUACGGUAUAAAAUAGAGAAAAUGGUAUUGCUGAUCCAGAAAUUAAAUCUCUCUGUUUGGCACAAUGACCCACUGGGACGUAACAGUUUCUUGGGAGAGAUCGAAAUCGACUUGGCCAGCUGGGACUGGAGCAACAGGAAACUCAACUGGUACCCACUGAAGCCCCGAAGCCUUUCUGCUGUUAACGGUGUGGAUCAUCGAGGAGUGAUGAAUUUGUCUAUUAAGUAUGUCCCUCCAGGAAGCCUAGGUCCCAAGAAUCCUCCCUCUGGUGAAGUUCACAUUUGGGUCAAAGAUGUCAAGGACCUGCUGCAGUUGCGUCCUUCUGGAGUUGACUCCUUUGUGAAAUGCUAUGUGCUUCCAGACACCAGUAAGAAGAGUUAUCAAAAGACCCGAGUCAUAAAGAGAGACACAAACCCUGUUUUCAAUCACACUAUUGUAUAUGACGGCUUUCAUACAGAGGAUCUAAAGGAUGCUUGUGUUGAACUGACUGUGUGGGAUCAUGAAAAACUUACCAACCAUUUCCUUGGAGGAAUCAGGCUGGGCCUCGGGACAGGUUUGAGCUAUGGCAUCUCUGUGGACUGGAUGGACUCCACGCAAGAGGAGGUGGCCUUUUGGCAGGAGAUGAUGUCGGCUGCCAAUGAAUGGAUUGAGGGAUUGCUGCCACUGCGCUCACUGGCAGGGAGGAAAAAACUGAAAUAACAUACUAUUCUGCAGUAGAAGGGCUGAGUGUGUUCAUUGCAAUUAGGAACCUUCCUGCACCAAGGUGAUCGAGACCAUCUACGGGGCUGGCAAGUGACAGGUUAAUAAGGCAACUGAUGGACAGCACUUUGGAGUGUUAAAUGUUAAGUACUAAUUAAUUCCCUGACAAAGGACAUGGAAGAUGCCAAACUGAGGCUAUACUUGAUUUUUACCGAGAAGAAACUUAGUUUGCCUUUUUAUUUAAUCAUUUAUAUUCUGUAUCUUUGCAUUGCAUUAAGCUCUGGAAACAGUGGCAAAAGGAAAAGGAGAUAUAGAUAUUUUUAUUUUUUUACUGUUUCUUGUGCCUAUUUUUUUUUCUGUGCAGAGAUGUAGUUGUACUAAAGCAGCAGUGUGGUAUUAUUCAUAUUCCCCUGCAAGUGGUACACUUUGUACUUGAUGUAGAAUUGCUCCAAGUCACCAGCAGCACAGGCUGAGAAUGGGAGCUUUGCAUUUGUCGCUGGUGAUAACUCGUCUCUAACGUGAGGAAAAUUGAGAUCCAAGGUGAGUCUAAAGAAAGACAGGACUAUUUGAAGCAGAAAAUGGAUCAACCUGAGGAGGAUAACAAUGAAGAAUUCAAUGUAUUAAUUUCUUUCUGCUUUAAUAUGAAAGAGAGAAGUGAUGCAGCUAGUGUGGGAUUUUGCAGCCAGGGGCUGUUUUCUUAGCUUUCCCACGGUGACCUCAGGCACGUUUCUCUAUGAAAGGACAGUUUCAGUGCAAUAUAAACUAAAGCGCUUGCCCAAAUGGAAAAUGUGGUUACAUUGCCAACGGGCCUAAUCGCACCUUUGAAAUGCCUUGUGUGCAAAACAUUUCAAUAUGAAAUAAUGAUGUAGGAAACUGUCUCGUGUUAGGCUGGCACAACGGGUCAGGAAAGAAAGGUCAAAAGCACACUGGGACGCAGGAGAUGUUGGGAGCUGUUGGGAGAGGUAAGUAGGGAGUGAAUGAACGCAAAGGGUGACUGGGGUGGUGUCCAGCCUCUGCACACCCUGCUCCCCGUCUGCUCUCCCUUUCUCCUGGUGCCUGUCAGCACGUUGUCUGGGGCUGGAAUUUCCUUCUUGCCAGUGGCUUGCAAGGACUUUGCAUCUGGCACAUUGGCCGUGGCAGAGUGGCGGUGUGAAUGCAUUUUGAAAUGCAGCUUUGUAAUUUCUAUUUUGGAUGUACAUAUUGUGAUUAAAUAGAAUGUUUUUCUUUAGUCAUCAACUGGUGUCCUUGUACCUAUUUUUAGCAUGAUCUAAGUAACAAAAAAGCAAGCAAAAGAGGUGUUAAAUUUUGUCAUGUCAAAAUGAAACAUUUUUGCCCAAGGGCAGGUGAAGUGUCAUGGAGAAAUAUUUUUUGAAGCUAUCCUACCCUAGAUUUUGGCUCUGUGAAUAUUUUCAUAUUCUUCUUUAAUGUAUUGAUUUUAUUUAACUCAAGCUCAGCAUAAAUUUUGAGCUUAGCAAGGAUGGUUGUGAAUAACUGAAUGGAAAAAUGUACACUUAAAAUAACAAGACUUUUUCAUGAAAUGAAGACAUUUGGGAGAUAAUCAGCGGCUUUUAUGGGAAAAUAUAAAGAUGACAGUUUUGAAAUUGGAAAAAGAUAAUACUUGAAAAUGUACCAGUUAUAGUACUGAAAACACUAAGAGAAAGAGUCUGUAGAGCAACAGAAUUAAUGACUAUCUAAUGAAGGAACUGAUAUAUAUGUAGCAUGUCAGCCCAAAGAUACUUUGCAUGGGCUCCAUCCUGGCAUGUUUUGUUCACCAAGGUUUGGUUAUUUAUUGCCUUUGUGGGAUAAAAUAACAAUAUUGAGCCCAAAACGAGAGUUUUAAAAUUAUUAUCUUUAUCUGUUUAGGUGCUAAACAUGUGAAUAUUUAUGCAUACAUAUAACUUACCUGCUACCAGGACCCCUGCUCACCAGUGCAAUGGCUUGUUGCAGGGAGGGUACCCACAGGACUCCUCCUCUCACCCCGAGUGCUUCCUUACCUUCUCUCCAUCGCAAAAAUUGAGUCAUCCCACCUCUUCCUCCUCCUCAUCCUUCUCCUCCUCCUCACGUGUGGUAUUAGCACAUGAGUUUGUGACGACGUUGCCAAAGCUGCUGUUUGCGUCAAUGGAGCUGGAAAUGUUUGUGUUGGUGUUUCAGCAAAUUAGCAUCUUUUUCAUUGGUGGUGCUAAUAGGCUAAAAAGGGUGUCAGUGGGCCGGUUUCAUCCCAGCACGGUUG